AUGAAGAAAGCGUGGGAGGAAACUGUACAGGAUAGGAAGUACAUCUCGAUGCAGGAAAAGCAAAUCGAUGAGGACCUUGUCACUCUCAACCAGACUCUGGCGGAGAUCGAUACGUACUACGAAGAGGACGAGGAAGCAGAGUACACUGAAAGCAACCCCAAGUGGAAGCUUAUCAUCCCAAAGCACUUCAUGGAUCCUGAGAACUUAACUUCGGACUUGGGCCCAAAGCAUCAUCCUCCGUUUCCUGUGGUACCAACAGCUGCCAUGAUGGACCCCUCGACAAGAAUGCGCGAGAGCGCAUGCCGUGGGCGAACAUGGGAAGUGAUUGAAUUGAUUGAACAGCAGGGAGCACAGGUGGAACUCGAGAGGCGGUCUGUGGGCUGUGCUGACAUCCCACCCUUCCACGUGCCAGCGCUGAUUGAGAGAGGAGGGAACAUCUCGCAGGUGACUAGGCACGGUAGAACUCCUCUCCACUAUGCUGCUGAUCAAGGGCAUUUGGAGUGUGCAAGAGUAUUACUCAACGCGGGCGCCGAUACCAACCUGAGAGAUAUUGAUGACCGUACUCCCUUGCAGCUUGCUAAGAAUGCAGGACACGUCGCAGUCAUGGAGUUGCUGGGGAGCGUGACCAAUAACUCUACAGAGGUUUGA